GAAGUGUCUUUCCUCCCACCCUCUUUGGUCCCGGCCGCAGGAGCAAGAUGACGAAAGGGACGUCGUCGUUCGGCAAGCGGCGCAACAAGACGCACACGCUGUGCCGCCGCUGCGGCUCGAAGGCCUACCACCUGCAGAAGUCCACCUGCGGCAAGUGCGGCUACCCCGCCAAGCGCAAGAGGAAGUAUAACUGGAGUGCCAAGGCUAAGCGACGGAACACCACCGGGACUGGUCGCAUGAGGCACCUAAAGAUUGUGUACCGCAGAUUCAGGCAUGGAUUCCGCGAAGGAACAACACCUAAACCCAAGAGGGCAGCUGUUGCCGCAUCCAGUUCAUCUUAAGGAUUUCGAUGAUUAGUUGGGACAAUAAAUGUCAUGGUUUUAAAAAAUA